UCAUCAUCUACAGGUCUAAAAACUGGUGGCUCUGGCCAUUCCAAUUCCACAACCAUAACCAACCCAACUUCAACUCCAGAGAGAGCUUGAAGUGUAAUGGUUACUGAUGAGUUCAAUAGGCCAAAGCAUUUUGAUGGCUUUAACUGUGACUGUCAACAAAUAUGCUUCUUUAAAUGUCCAAGCAGUUCCCAGUAGAAGAGAAUCAAAACCUUCAAGAACAAAACCAAAGGCAAAAGCCGCCGCAAUCACUGAUAUUGAUAUAGGAAGAAGAGGGCUACUUCUAUCCACUGUAGCUGCCGCUCCUCAAGUUAACGACUCCACCACUGAGCUUCUUAAAAAAUAUUUAAAGAAAUCAGAGGAAAACAAGGCAAAGAAUGACAAGGAGAGACUGGAUAGCUAUUACAAGCGGAAUUACAAAGAUUACUUUGAAUUUAUAGAAGGAUCUCUGAAAGCCAAGGAGGACCAGCAACUCUCUGAAUCAGAGAAGGGUAUUCUUGAUUGGCUUCAGACUAACAAAUAA